ACACAGCUGGCAAGGGACAGUUUAGUCGGUGCUUGAUUGCGACCGUUAGAUUAUUUACCUUCGGGUUGUGCAAAUUACGCACCAUUCAGUAUACGGCAGGUUGAGCGUUGAACAGGAUGGCAGAAAUUCCGAGCAGCGAGAUCCCUUCGUGGAUGACCAAGGAGUAUUUCACUGAUGUGGUAGCCCAGAAGUUGGGAAUCGCUGAAAGUGAGGUGGAAAUUAGUGCUCUUAACGUGAAACCUGCCACCGAGUCUGGGGAUAACUUUGCUUCGAAGCUGUAUCGCGUGGCGAUCGAUGUCAGCUGUAGUGAUGGAUCCUCAAAGAAAAUCCCAUUGAUUGUGAAAGCCUUGCCCAAUCUUGGUCUGGCUGAAGAAAUGAUUCAGAUGUUGAACAUUUUCCCAAAGGAAACUGCAAUGUACGCGGAUUUAUUGCCGAAGUUUGAAGAACUAUACCGCGAGAAGGGUGUUGAAGUCAGCUUCGGUCCCAAGUGCUUGAAGAACAGCAUUAAGCCAACGGACAUUAUCGUGUUGGAGGAUCUCAGCGAGAGAGAUUUCAGAAUGGCCAAUAGACGAGAGGGGCUCGAUCGAGCUCACGUGGACACGUUUUUGAAAAAGUUGGCUCAGCUGCAUGCUGCUUCUGCUGUGUAUCAUGAGAAGAAUGGCGAGUAUAAGGCUUGCUUUCAGGAGGGCAUAUACGUCGAGAGAUCGUUGGUUAUGUUUGAAAGCCACAUGAAGUCACACAUGGAGUCGGUGUCGCGAAUCAUUCGGAAGUAUUGGCCAAACGGAGAGUUCUAUCAUGAAGUUAUGAAUGAUUUCGGGAUCAAUAUGUUCUUCGAGAUGAUUAAAAUAGUUAAGGCCGACCCGAAUGGAUUCAAUGUGCUGAAUCACGGUGAUGCAUGGUGUAAUAACUUCAUGUUCCGAUACGGUGCGGACAACGCGAUUGAGGAAAUCACUUUGGUUGACUUCCAGAUGUGCGUAUGGUCAUCACCCGUCAUCGAUCUGCACUACUUCAUCUUUACGUCCAUCAACCCAACGAUCCGUUUGCCUCAAAUGAACAGUAUUAUUGGUUUGUACUACCGCAAUUUGGUCGAAAAUCUCCAGCUGCUCGGCUACUCUAAGAACAUCCCAACCUUGAAGGACCUUCACCUGGACUUCAUCGAUAAGAUUCUAUAUGGAUUCUCAUCGUCCUUCUCGGUUCUGCCCAUUUGCCUGAUGGAGAAGACCGACAACGCCUCGAUCGAUGCGAUGAUGGCCGAUGGUGAAGCCGGUCAUGCUUUCCGAGAAAAAAUGUACGCCAAUCCGGUGUACUUGAAGCAGUUGGAAGAGCUUCUGCCAUAUUUCUACAAUUAUGGGGCAUUCGAUUGUCGGCACACUGGAUAUCAAUCGCCAAGUAAAGUCUAUAGUGAUUACCUCUUGCUUCCCGGAUGGAUGCGGAAGGAAUUCUUCUAUGAGGUUGUCGAACGAAAGCUUGGUCUGGAACUGGGACAAUAUUCGAUCGAGAAAAUUUGGGUGGAAAUGGCCACCAAGAAAGGUGAUAACUACGGAUCUACAAUGUACCGCGCAAAAUUAGAUGUGUUGGAUAAAACUUCGUCGUCUUUGAAUCAGUUCUCCGUCAUCGUUAAAAGCCGCCCAACUGGAAUGGCUGCGGAAUUCAGCAACAAGCUAGAUCCAUUUUCUAAGGAAAUCGAAAUGUUCACGAAGAUUAUUCCAGCAUUUGAAAAAUUCUACGAAGAGAAAGGUGUAAAAGUAGAAAUUGGACCUCGGUGCUUGAAAAUCUGCAAAGGAGUCCCGAGUGACAUUAUCGUAAUGGAAGAUUUGUGUAGUCAAAACUACAGACUUGGUAACAGACAGGAAGGUGUUGAUCAGCAGCAUGUAGAAUCGGUUUUGGAGAAGCUGGCCGAGUUCCACGCUGCUUCGGCGGUUUACCAUGAGCGAAAUGGAGACUAUUCUAGUUCCUUCAAAGAAGGUUUGUACAAUAGAAGCAACCUCUCUACGAUGGAAUACAUGUUCAGACCAGCUUACGAGACUGGUUUAGAAACAUUGAAAUCACACGAGUUUGCCAAAGAUUACAUAGAUGAUUUGGAAAAGCUUCGACCUGUGAUUUUCAGUAGAACUAUUGAAAACUUCGCUGUUGAUCCCGCUGGAUUUAAUGUGUUGAAUCAUGGCGACUUCUGGAUCAACAACGUCAUGUUCCAGUACGACAGUGAAGAUCGUCUGAAGGAUUCUACGCUUCUGGAUUUCCAGGUGUGCUUCUAUGGGUCCCCAGCUUUGGAUUUGAACUACUUCUUAUUUGUUUGUAUAAAGUUGGAUAUUCGCCUCUCCAAGCUGAACUAUUUCAUCCGAUAUUAUCACGAGAAGCUAGUGGAUAAUCUAACGUUGCUGGGGUACGGAAAAGCUUUGCCCACGUUGAAGAGCUUGCAGUAUGAUUUCUACGAUCGAAUGGUGUACGGAUCAUCCAACAUUUUCGGUAUCAUGGCUGUUUUGGCCGUUGACCCAUCGGAAGACGUCAGUUUUGAAAUGAUUCAGCAGGAUAGCGAAGCGGGCAAGGAGUUGCGAAAACGUAUCUACACCAAUGAGCGAUAUGUGAAGGCUUUGGAACUUCUAUUGCCCUACUUUGGAGACCGUGGAGCAUUCAAGGAAGGAGCGGAAUUGUGCAGCUUUGUCAAAAAGAAUAAAACGAGUGUUUAGCUUUAUAUCGCAAUAGAAACGUUCGUUUUUGGACAACGAUUCCUUAAUUUAUGACAGCGGCAAUAAACUUCAAAUUUGAGAAACAGUCAA